ACAGGGGAAAUCCCAGGCACCAUCGCCGCCAGUGAAAAGUGGUUCCACCUGUAUAGAAGUGUUGAGAUUCGAAAAACAACAGCUGGAUCUUCAGAUUAAUAGUCUGAGAGAUCGUCUCAGCACAGAUCAGCUUAAAGCUCUACAGAAUAAAAGUCAGCUUUUGACGCAGAGAAUGGAUCAGAAGCAGGCAGAGCUCAAGAAAGGAGGAAAAGCUGCCCUCAAAGCCUAUGUCCAACAGGUGGACCAGGAGAUACCGGCUUAUGAAGAGGAAGCUCGUCAUCAUGCCAAAGCAGGCGACAUGCAUAAGGCUCAAAUGAUGCUGAACAAAAUUAAACAUGCUGAGAAAGAGCUCAAAGCCAUAAGAGACAAAAUCCCAGACUUAUAGUAAGAUCUUAUGCUGGUCAUAUCAUUGUCACCAUGGAAAACGUCACCAACAACUUACUACUGCACAGUUACUACUUCUGUAAUGAAUGCUUGCAUUUUGCAGUCGUACAUUUGUGAACAGCCUGAGAAACAUGAUUUUGAUUGAUCUUUUUCUGAAGGAGUACUAACCUUACAUUGUCACAUUUCCUGUCUUUAUGUGCAUUUGUAUGUGAGAUUUAUAUAUCUCCAUAGUAAUUGUGACACAUACAGGUAACACUUUAGUAGCAGUAUAGAAGAACAAGUCAGGUUUGUUCAGGAAAGAGAAGAUUUAGGAGUGUACAUGCUCCAAGAUAUUUAUAUUAUUUAAUGUAUAGUCGUUAAACUAAUAUGGUUUCAUGUUGUUUCCCCGACUGCUUAAUGUGUUAUUAAAAUGUAAAUUAUCUUGUAGAUCAGUAUAUAAGAAUGUUGUUAUUCAGUAAAUUAUCUAAUUAAUGUAGAUCGAUUCAUAAUAAUGUUGUUGUUAUUCACCAACCAGAUGAGUGCGAGAUGAAAUGUGUUCUGCAUUACAAUGAACAAAUUUAAUUUCAUUAAUACACUGUGUCAUUAGGAUGUCUUAACACUACUACAAUGUAAUUAGCCUCUAUGUUCUAAAGCCCAAAUAUAGGAAACUUUCCUACAGAAUAAGGAAUUAAAGAAAGACACAGAACAAGUUUAAGUGUAACCAUUGCAUUAUAGUUGUCAAACUCCCCGAGUUACAUAAAAUUAGGUCUUUAGAGUCUAGGUGUAACUCUAAUUUAACUGCCCCAGUAUAUGUUUUUACAUUAAUUUUACUAGCACUAACAAGGUGUGAGAAAGUUGGGUGUUUAUAGCUCACCUGGCCCAAAGGGGCCAUUGUCAGUAGCUCACCUGGCCCAAAGGGGCCAUUGUCAGUAGCUCACCUGGCCCUAAAAGUCCAUUGUCAGUACGUAGCUCACAUGGCCCUAAGGGUCCAUUGUCAGUAGCUAACCUGGCCCUAAAAGUCCCUCGUCAGUACCUCACCUGGCCCUGAGGGUCCAUUGUCAGUAGCUCACCUGGCCCAAAGGGGCCAUUGUCAGUAGCUCACCUGGCCCUUAAAGUCCAUUGUCAGUAGCUCACAUGGCCCUAAGGGUCCAUUGUCAGUAGCUAACCUGGCCCUAAAAGUCCCUCGUCAGUACCUCACCUGGCCCUGAGGGUCCAUUGUCAGUAGCUCACCUGGCACUAUGGGUCCAUUGUCAGUAGCUCACCUGGCCCUAAAAGUCUAUUGUCAGUAGCUCACCUGGUCCUAAGGGUCCAUUGUCAGUAGCUCACCUGGCGCUAUGGGUCCAUUGUCAGUACCUCACCUGGCCCUAAAAGUCCCUGAUCAGUACCUCACCUGGCCCUGAGGGUCCAUUGUCAGUACCUCACCUGGCCCUGAGGGUCCAUUGUCAGUACCUCACCUGGCCCUGAGGGUCCAUUUCCAUUGUCAGCUUUUUUAAAAACGUCUCGGUAUAGCCAAAUGGUAUUCAUCUGAGGUCAAAUAUUCUACUUCAUCUGAUUAAUCAAGAGAUUUAGUUUUAUGGUACCGAUAUUCAGACAGCAAUCAAGUCUGUUCAAAGAAAUCAUCUUGACCUUUAUUCAAGGCACAGGAGUCAAAUUUGUUAAAAUAGUUGAAUGGCAUUUUCUACCUGGUAAUCAACAAAUAGACAGGGUUGAUAUUAGGACAACAGCAUGUGGAGAUGAAUGGCAACCAAGUUUGUUCAAAUGAUUGACCUGUUUAUUGUUCAAGGUCGCACUUAUGAGUAUACAAGAGGUUUAGUCUUGAUAUUUGGCUUGUAAUAUGUGGGAGAACGGCUAAUAAGUUAGUUUAUUCAAAUGAGUGAUUUUAAUCCAUUUUCAGGGGCACAAGGGUAAAAUAUCUUCCACUUUUGAAUAACCAAGAGGCCAAGGGAGAUGAUACUCUUCUUACAUUGUAAUAUAACCCCCCCCCCCCCCCCAAAACCUAGAUGUAAGAUACAACGUGCCACAUUUUGUUGAAGCCUUUUGACAUGAAUAUAUACAAGUUUUCUGAAAUGAUGCUAAAUCUUGUAAUAUAUACAAGUUUUCUGAAAUGUUGCUAAAUCUUGUAAUAUAUACAAGUUUUCUGAAAUGAUGCUAAAUCUUGUAAUAUAUACAAGUUUUCUGAAAUGUUGCUAAAUCUUGUAAUAUAUACAAGUUUUCUGAAAUGAUGCUAAAUCUUGUAAUAUAUACAAGUUUUCUGAAAUGUUGCUAAAUCUUGUAAUAUAUACAAGUUUUCUGAAAUGUUGCUAAAUCUUGUAAAUCUAUCCGUUAUUGUACAUUUGUGUUUUAAGGAUGUCCAAUACAGAUAAGUGCUGAGUAUUACUCGAGUUUAUCAUACUAUUAUAAGGUAACAGCAGAACAGGUGUACCUGGUUGUGAUCAGACUUUGAUGUUAUUAGUGACUAAAUUGUGCCUGACAACAUUAAAUAUAUAUCAAUCUAAAAUCUUCGUUGAUACUUUUAUGUUAAUAGUUUAGCUCAUGCAUUUUGUUUUCUGUGAUUAAAACAAAAACCAUGGUUUCCUGUAAAAAUGAAGAUGUUUAUUGUCCAUUAUAAAGCAGUAAUAAAAAGUACAUUGCAAUAUAAUAUCACUCCAUAUUCAUUUGUCUAUUACAAAUAAAUUCCGUAAGAUUUGAUAAAUGCAUAUUUCAGCUUUCAUUCUCCUUUAAUCUGGAUUUAAUAAAAGUUUACACACAUAUGAAAUAUUUGGUGGACACUGGUCUUAUUGAUCUGCUUGACUAAAUUUGUAAAGCAGAAAAGUAAAAAAGGAAAAAAAAAAAACCAUUGCUGUACAAUAAAGUGAUAAUAUAUUACUAGUUAUUAUGCAUUGUGAAAGCAAAAAUUUGCGUACAAAAACAUCUGCAUCAUCAAUCAAGAGAGCUUUAUAAGCAGUGCUCUGUGAACACUUAUGGCUUAUUAGCGAAAUCAGACUCAUUCAAUGUUCUUUUGGACAAAAAAA